CUGGGCACAGCAGCCCCCUCCAUCGCCUCCACAGCUUCAGUCGCUGAGCGCAAUGCCACGGAGUGAAAACAGGCGCAGCGCCUGCUCCGUUCACGACACCAUGUGGAGGACAUGCAGUAUCUUUUGCGCAUGGACUCUGCUCUUCCUCACAGAAGUCUGUGCGCAGUCUCAGGGGAGUGUCCCCUACAGAACAAUCUUUCCAUGUGGCGGAAACAUCACAGGGGAGUCUGGAGUCAUCGGAAGCCAAGGUUACCCAGGAGUUUACCCUCCAAACACCAAAUGUGUGUGGAGAAUCACAGUUCCUGAAGGCAAGGUGGUCGUACUGUCAUUUCGCUUCAUUGAUCUGGAGAACGACAACCUUUGUCGCUACGACUACGUGGAUGUACACAGUGGUCAUGUCAAUGGGCAGAGACUUGGUCGUUUCUGUGGGACCUUCAAGCCCGGAUCCCUCGUGUCCGCAGGCAACAAGAUGCUCCUGCAGAUGGUGUCUGAUGCCAACACCGCUGGCAGUGGCUUCCUUGCGGAUUUCUUUGCUGGCUAUCCUCAUGAGAGAGGUGACCAGUACUGUGGAGGCAGACUUGAUAAGCCUUCUGGGACUUUUAAAACACCUAACUGGCCUGAAAAGGACUAUCCAGCUGGUGUCACCUGCUUCUGGCAUAUAGAGGCUCCAAAAAACCAGAUUAUCGAAGUAAAGUUUGAGAAGUUCGACGUGGAGCGGGACAACUACUGCCGCUAUGACCACGUCUCCAUUUUCAAUGGGGCAGAAAUAAAUGACGCCAAAAGAAUCGGCAAAUACUGCGGAGACAGCCCCCCAGCACCAGUGUUCUCGGAGGGGAAUCACCUCCUGAUCCAGUUCCUGUCCGAUCUCAGCUUGACUGCGGAUGGCUUCAUUGGACACUACAAGUUCAGACCGAAGAAGCUGCCCAUCACCACCACACCACCAACCACCACCACACAGCCGGUCACUACUAGGCCCAUACCUCUGAAGUAUUCCGCUGCCUUGUGUCAGCAGACAUGCAAAAGACGAGGAACCCUUGAGAGCAAUUACUGCUCCAGCAAUUUUGUGAUAACUGGAACGGUCAUUACUGCAGCGAUGAGAGGAGGAAGCAUGUACGCCACCAUCUCCAUCAUCAAUGUGUAUAAAGAAGGCAGCCUGGCAAUCCAGCAGGCGGGGAAGACAAUGAGCACCAAGAUCAUUAUCCUGUGCAAAAAGUGUCCAUUAAUCAGACGAGGCUUGAACUACAUCUUCAUGGGUCAGGUGGACGAGGAGGGCCGGGGGAAGAUCGCCCCACACCACUUUGUCAUGGCCUUUAAGAAGAAGAACCGAAAAGGACUAAAUGUUCUGAAAAACAGGCAGUGCUGAUCUUUCCCUGUCGCGCUGAGGAUCUCUGCUGCGCUGCUCCUGCUUGAAGAGGCUCAGCCGUGGAUGGAAACAAUUAGGCAGGAAACAAAGCUCCUUUUCAAUGACACCAAACCAAAUCCGGGUGUAGAGCUGGCACAGCAAGACAAUGAAUGUGUCUGUUUCAAUAAAUUAAGGGUGACACACAUCGGUUUAUUUAUUAGGACGAUUUUUUUUUUUGCCAACUCAUGCAGCAUUGAGUAAUUGCAGGUUGUCUGCUGUUUAGUUGUUAAAACUAAGAUUAAUGAGCAAACAAUGAGUUCAGAUUUCUUCUUCUAUCCACAGAUUGUUCCCUGCAUUCCUGUUACGAUUACAGAGAUUAAAUUGUAGCCAGUUAGAAAAACAUUCCUCCAUUUAUUUAUUUCUUUCUUUGAGCUGCACAUCUGUUCUGGUAUCCCAUAGUGGCACUUUCAUUUUAAAACGAAUCCAAGCUAUCCAAACGAAUCCAAAAUUUAAGCUGUUGACUAUAAUGUGAAAAUAAGGCUUCUUGAAUUUGACAUUCUUUUCUAAUAUCUGAUGUGAUUUUUUUUUUUUUUACAAUCAGGUACAAAUAUUCUUUGUUUAGUUAUUAGGAACAGUUUAGAUGUUGUAAAUGUGGUGACCAAAGUGCAAUAAUUCAUUCUUUUCAAAGUGGUUUUCCAAUUUUAUGUUAAAAUACUGACAUUUAUUGACACAGAUCUUCAGUAUCAGCUCAUGUCAUUUCUAUACUGUCACCUUCUUGUUAAGGCAAUUAUUUUCAUAUAAGUAAGAUUAUAAAUAUUAUUUAUAAAGCAUUGUUGUUAUCCUACCUAAUAAAACUCUGACAUUUUU